UCUCUUUUUGUUGUUGCUGGGGGCGCCGGGCGCUCGAGCCGCUGGAUACGAGACAUGCCCCACUGUGCAUCCGGACAUGCUCAACGUGCACCUGGUGGCCCACACACAUGAUGACGUGGGCUGGCUCAAGACAGUGGACCAGUACUUUUAUGGCAUCAAGAAUGACAUCCAGCAUGCUGGCGUACAGUACAUCCUAGACUCAGUCAUCUCCGCCCUGCUGGCAGAGCCCACCCGCCGCUUCGUCUAUGUGGAGAUGGCCUUCUUCUCCCGCUGGUGGUACCAGCAGACAAAUGCAACACAGGAAACCGUGCGGCAGCUGGUGCGCCAGGGGCGCCUGGAAUUUGCCAAUGGUGGCUGGGUGAUGAACGACGAGGCGGCCACCCAUUAUGGCGCCAUUGUGGACCAGAUGACACUCGGGCUGCGCUUCCUGGAGGACACAUUCGGCAACGACGGGCGCCCCCAUGUGGCCUGGCACAUCGACCCCUUCGGCCACUCUCGGGAACAGGCCUCGCUGUUCGCCCAGAUGGGCUUUGAUGGCUUCUUCCUUGGGCGCCUCGAUUAUCAGGAUAAAGAAGUGCGGAAGGAGAAGCAGCAGAUGGAGCAGGUGUGGCGGGCCAGCGACAGCCUGAAGCCCCCAACUGCCGACCUCUUCACUGGUGUGCUCCCCAACAUUUAUAACCCGCCGAAUAAUCUGUGCUGGGAUGUGCUGUGUGCUGACAAGCCUGUGGUGGACGACCCCCGUAGCCCUGAAUAUAACGCCGAGAAGAUGGUCGAUUACUUCCUGCAGCUGGCUGCUGCCCAGGCCCAGUACUACCGCACCAACCACACCGUGAUGACCAUGGGCUCGGACUUCCAAUAUGAGAAUGCCAACAUGUGGUUCAAAAACCUGGACAAGCUCAUCCGGCUGGUCAAUGCCCAGCAACAGGCAAACGGGAGCCGAGUCCAUGUUCUCUACUCCACCCCGGCUUGUUACCUCUGGGAGCUGAACAAGGCCAACCUCACCUGGUCUGUGAAACAGGACGACUUCUUCCCCUACGCGGACGGCCCCCACAAAUUCUGGACUGGCUAUUUUUCCAGCCGGCCGGCCCUCAAACGCUACGAGCGCCUCAGCUACAACUUUCUGCAGGUGUGCAACCAGCUGGAGGCGCUGGCGGGCCCGGCGGCCAACAUGGGAUCCUAUGGCUUGGGAGACAGUGCACCACUCAAUGAGGCGAUGGCGGUGCUCCAGCACCACGAUGCCGUCAGCGGCACCUCCCGGCAGCACGUGGCCGACGACUACGCGCGCCAGCUAGCUGAGGGCUGGGGGCCCUGCGAGUACAUCCGGGCUACCUUCGACCGUAACACGGGGCUCUUGAUGGAGAUUGAGAACAUGGACCAGAAACUCCUGCUGCCCAUUCGCCAGGCCUUCUUCUGGUACAAUGCCAGCAUAGGUGACAGCAUAAGCAGCCAGGUUUCGGGUGCCUACAUCUUCAGACCCAACCAACCGAAACCCCUGCCCGUGAGCCGCUGGGCUCAGACCCACCUGGUGAAGACUGCCUUGGUGCAGGAGGUGUACCAGAACUUCUCAGCCUGGUGUUCCCAAGUGGUUCGCCUGUACCCGGGACAGCGGCACCUGGAGCUGGAGUGGACGGUGGGGCCGAUACCUGUGGGCGAUGGCUGGGGGAAGGAGGUCAUCAGCCGCUUUGACACGCAACUGGAGACAAAGGGACACUUCUACACAGACAGCAAUGGCCGGGAGAUCCUGAAGAGGAGGCGGGAUUAUAGACCCACCUGGAACCUGAACCAGACUGAACCGGUGGCAGGAAACUACUAUCCAGUCAACAGCCGAAUUUACAUCACGGACGGGAACAUGCAGCUGACUGUGCUGACUGACCGCUCCCAGGGGGGCAGCAGCCUGCGAGACGGCUCUCUGGAGCUCAUGGUGCACCGAAGGCUGCUGAGAGACGACGGACGCGGAGUAGGGGAGCCACUGCUGGAGGCGGGAUUGGGGGUGUGGGUGCGAGGGCGGCACCUUGUGCUGCUGGACCGGGUCCGGACUGCGGCCGCUGGGCACCGGCUGCUGGCAGAGAAGGAGGUCCUGGCCCCACAGGUGGUGCUGGCCCCGGGUGGCGGUGCCCCCUACCAUCCCGGGACCACCCAUCGCACGCAGUUCUCAGGGCUGCGCCGGGAGCUUCCGUCCUCAGUGCACCUGCUCACGCUGGCCCGCUGGGGCCCGGACAUGCUGCUGCUGCGCUUGGAGCACCAAUUCGCCGUGGGGGAGGAUUCGGGCCGCAACCUGAGUUCUCCCGUGACCUUGGAUUUGCGGGACCUGUUCUCCACCUUCACCAUCACCCGCCUGCAGGAGACCACUCUGGCAGCCAAUCAGCUCCGGGCCAGCGCCUCCAGGCUCAAGUGGACACCAAAUACAGGCCCUACCCACCACCCCACUCCUUCCUUGCUGGACCCAGCCACUGUCACACUGCAGCCUAUGGAAAUCCGCACCUUCCUGGCCUCAGUCCAAUGGAAAGAGGAUGGCUAGGCCUGUGGGGAUGCCCGGCUCCCAGCCUGAGCCCUUUGCUUGGGGGAUGGGGCAGACUCUCCUCUUACUGCUGCUCCUCCCACCAACAAAAGCCAUUAAAAUGCCACUACUAAGACUCAG